AUGCACUCCUGCCUCCAGAUCUGUGAAGUUCUGCGGAACAUUUUUUCGGCCUUAAACAAUUAUGAAGACAUCACACUUGACGUACAGAAACCAUCCAGGCCCGUUGACGGUGUAGAUGUUCGACGCCAGACUCUCGCACGUCUCGCUAGGACUUGUCGCACAUUCUCGGAGCUUGCUCUGGAUGUGCUCUGGGCUCACAUAGAUACUCUCAACCCUGUAGUACAAUGUCUCCCC